AUGUCAUUUCAAAUCAACUGGAGCCAAUUGGCCUCUGACGCCGCCCUCAACGAGAAAAUACGUCUGUUCAUAGAUGAAGAAUUCAAUUCCCUCUCUCUUCCCUCCUUUAUCGACAAUCUUACCGUGACCAAUUUCUCCCUCGGAGAUCUAUCUCCUGAAAUCACCAUUCGCCAUAUCGGUGAUCCUUUUGAAGAGUUUUAUGGAGACUACAAUUCAGAAGACGAGAUCAAGAAACACACUUUGCCGCAGCUGCCAUCGCUGUCGCAUCAAGAUGACUCCGACGACUCAAGCACCGAGGAUGAAUCGGAAAGGUCUGCCAAUUUGAAGAGUAUUCACUCGAAAAUGGCCGCUACAGAGCCCGAAGUCGUGCAGCCUCAGGAACGUCUGCGGAAAGGCCUGGACUUAGUUAGACAUCUAUCGAAUUACAACAUGAACAAUUUGGGCUUGGGGCCGCCAGAAUUGGACCUGCCAGCAUCGAUCUUUCAGCAUGGCGCCUAUAGAUUACAGGCGCCGCCCGUCAGUAGUGGGAAAAAAAGCGCCGAGCGGAGUGCCAACGAUAUCCAAUUCAUGUUGGAAAUUGAUUUCCAGAGCGGAAUUGAAAUCGAGCUCAAAAUCAAUUUACUAGUAAACUACCCGCUGGCGCACUUCAUUCUGUUGCCUGUCAAGCUUCGAAUAACCGACUUGGCGAUCCACUCUUUGGCAGCUGUAGCAUACUUGGAAAAAAAGGUGUUCAUAUCCAUUUUGUGCGACUUGAACGACUCUGCUGCCGACUAUUUUACCUCGGCGUCGUCUGCGCCACCGGCGCGUGAUCAUUCCACUGCAAGUACUCAUGGAACACCCGCUGGCGGGAACUUUGUCGACUAUUCUGCUGGAAGCACACGUGAACGCAUAGAUGUUAUACGGAAUAUCAAGAUAGAUACCGAGAUUGGAGAGGUGGAGAACAAUGUCUUGCGCAAUGUUGGCAAAAUCGAGAAGUUUUUGGUGGAGCAGUUGAGAAACAUCAUUCGAGACGAGAUUUGCUGGCCCGGAUGGCUCUGCUUUGAUCUCAAUGCUGAAGAUGAAGAGGAAGAAGAAGAGGAGGCUCCGGCACCUACUGCUUUUAAAAGUCCAUAA